AUGGAAGGCGGUUCCAGUUGGUACUCAGGCAUGCCUAAUACUGUGGAUGAAAUUUAUGAAGAUUUCAAGCGCCACAGAGAGGGCGUAAUAAAAGCUCUUACAGAAGAUUUUGACGAGUUAUACAAUCAAUGUGACCCAAAAGAUGAGAGUUUUAUGGGGCUUUAUAGACUUCCAGAUCAAUCAUGGAAAGUUGUUCCUGAACAAGAGGGCUUUUCAAUGCUUCCAAAUCCUGUUUGGGGAAUCAAUAACAUGAGACUGGUUAUCUCAAAAAAGAGUUGGAAGCUCUCUGUUGCUGAGAAUAAUCAUGUAUGGCUCCAUGGCUGCAGUGAUGGACAGAGUGUCUCCUUACCAAAGUGA